CAUGGACCGGCUGUUUCAUAUAAAUAUUAAACCCACCAACUUGAACCGUAUCAUUCCUCCGGUGAGCUUUAAUUUGAUCAAAUCGUCCGCUUCCAAAACCGUCCCCAUAAUGGCGUUUAAGAUGGUUGCCCUGUUUGCCUCUCUGGCCUAUGCCAGCGCUGGAUAUAUCGAGGCCGAUAAUCAUCACGCACCGCUGGCCCACUACUCAUCUGCACCUGCCGUAAGCUAUAGCACAUUCACACGUGGACUACCAUCACCCAAGGUGGAAGUGGCCAAGACAGUGUCAUAUGCUGAACCAUCUGUGCACUAUGCUGCUGCCCCUCUGACCAAAUCCUACGCCGUCCAUGAGCCAUCACUGCUCAAAACCUCCAUCGUUGCUCAGCCAGCGUAUACCAAGACCAUUGUCCAGCAGCCAACCUAUGCCAAAACUGUCAUCCCAGAGCCAGUCUAUGCUCAUGCUGCUCCAGUGGUCGCCCACCACCAACCGCUCAGCUACUCGGCUCCAGUUGCGUACAGCGCACCAAUCGUGAAGAAUGUUGAGUACGCGAAAACCUUCGUGUCACAGCCAGCUUACACUCACAGCGUUGUAGCCGAGCCAACCUAUGCCAAAACCAUCCUUUCAGAGCCAGUCUAUCACAAGACCGUCGUGCAGCAGCCUGCUCUCGCCAAGACCUUUGUCUCGGAGCCUGUGUACACUCACGCUGCCCCAGUGGUUGCCACCAAGACCCUGAGUUACUCCCCAGCCCAUGUUAGUUAUGACGGCAGCAGUGCUCACCAUGCCUGGUAAAUUAAACCAUUGUAGGAUGGAUAGAACUGACCGUAUAAAAAUAGAUGAUGAUAUGAAUGAGGAAUGUGUUCAA